AUGUUGGGUGCAAGAGCAAGAGCCGCCGAGUACAAGGCUUUCAAAGCUGCCACUGCGAGACAAGCUUCCCGUGACGCCGAAGAACAAAAUUUGCCUCCUAAGCCUUCUCCCAUUUCCCUCAGUGCGUUCACCAAGAAUCCCCUCCCAAAUCGCAACAAGGGCAAUAAGACCUGGGUCCCGCUGAUCCUUGAAGAUCCCGCUAAUGUCGAUAUUGAUCCUCACAUCGACGAUAUUGACUCGGUUCAUCCCGAGCACGACGGCAUGUCUACACCUACUCCAAGUCGCCAGGCAUCACACGCCUCGAGUCAAAGCAUUAGCUCGACAUCGAGACCACAAGUCCCUCCUGUCAGAGACCUACCUUCUGCUCACAUCAAUGUUCAUGAUGCUAGUACUUGGGCGACUCGCAGAUCUCACCUUAAGCAUCAAGAGUACUCUGCUCCAUUAUUGAUUCCCAUACCUCAACGACCAUUGCCUCAUCUUAUCGUCCAACAAUCUCAGCCGGGUUUUCCAGCCAACCUGCAAGGUCUCCCAGGUAAUUCAGGUCUGUUCAGUUUGUACCCAUAUCCCCAUCAAUUGUGGUCAAGUGGCUUACACAGCUUCGCCACCCCAGCUCAGGUUCCCAUCUAUCCGUCGAGCUUCGCUCCCCAGCACAAUGCCUUCAUGGUCCCCGAUGAUAUCAGUCCCGCAAAACAAGAAAACAAGUUGGCCAACUUGUCCCGAACGUACAAUGACUCCCCUAUAAGCUUUGGGCCUAUCAAACAACCUUUUCCGGCCACACCUAUUCUUGAUAAUGAGCCAGUCUUCCCACAAUACACUUCCGUCCAGUAUGAUAGUGCACCUCCUGGUUGGAAUCACCCACAACAUAAUAUCAACGAGACCGGCCGUCCCUCGCAAUCAUCAUCUUUUCAACAUAAUGUUGCAGAGUCAUUUACUCCGCUGCAUGAGCCAGCCUCCAACGUGCCAGCAUUCCCCGGAUUUUGUCCUGCAAGUAUAUCUCCAGAAGAGCCUUAUGAUCGUGAGAGCAAUAUGCAGAACUUCGUAGCCGCGCAACAAGCGUUGGCAAGAACUGGUAAGACUGUUCUUCACAAUCCAAACUUACACCGCAACACAUCCGAGGGGUACCACAUUGAUACUUUGAACACGGACAAACUGAACACUGCGUCCGAGAAGAAUCCACCAAAUGAGCCUCGGAAGAUGAGCAUAAUCCAAAAGCCAUUACCUUUCGUGAAGCCACCUCCUGGACUCGAAUCGCAGCAUCCAGCCGAGUUCUCGAUUCCUUCUCCGAAGUCACCUACGACCACAUCCAAGGUCCCCAGUAAAGGUGGGAUAUUUUCGAAUGGAGACAGCAUUCCAAAAGUAUUCGACAUUGACUCAUCUGAUUGGCUUGAUUUGCGACCUGUGACAAAAUUGGAACGAACAUGGAUGAACAGAAUGAUUAGAUCAUGCUCCAGAGUUGAAGAUAUCGACGAGGAUCGGGGCCUGAAUGUCCAAUUUCCUGCCAUUCGAUGCGAUAAUCUCGACAUUCAGGGUGAUGAUAAGAGUCCUAGCACCAGAAUGGCUAGGAAGGCACUCAAUCGAAUUGCCAACGACUACUUUGUCCGCAGACUCUCACAGCUGACCACAAAUGACGGUUCUAUCUCCAGCAGUGAUUCAGCCAGGGCGAAGAUUGAAACGGCGUCAAUUGGCGCAAUUGGAGACAUAUUAGUUAACAUCAGAUCGUCCAGUGAUUUGCAUGGAAGUGACAAGGAUGAUAUUGGAUACUUUUGCAAAUACAAACCGGCACCAGAAUAUGCAAUUGAGAGGGGACGCAUGAUGGCUGGUAACGCAGGCAGUUCAAGCUUCUUUGAGGAGGACACCGGUGGUUUCUACAACGCUCCUAGCCGAAUUGCACGGGACCCUAGAUUUCGCCCGGCGAGUAAGGAGGGGUUGAAAAGCAAAGUGGAUGACGAAUGGAAACUUCGACAUGAUAUUUAUGGCCGAAGAAGAUUGUGA